AUGACAGGGACUGACGGAAAAGAGGGUGGCGCUAGAGUUGAGAUUCCCCGCACGGCGAAGCGCUUUGGUCCGGAUAGCUCCCACGGUCGAUCGAAUCCCUUCAACGCCCUAUCUCCUCUUUCGGCCGGCGUUUCUUCCCCCUCGACCAACGCUUCGUCUGCAUUCGGUCUGGGAUCCGGGGCUUUCGCGUCCUUCGGCGCCCCCAAGACUCCCGGCGGAGCUUCCGACCUGAAAACCCCGGGCGGCGAAAAGCGCGAUUUUACCUCGGAGCCGGAAUUCGUGGAAAAGACCAAGAGCUCGGCUGUGCUGUCGUCGAAAGACCACCUGCUCAAGUCGACCUGGGUGAUCUGGUACCGCCCUCCCACACCGAAAUACUCCGAUUACGAAAAAUCUACCAUCCCCCUCGCGUCGAUAUCCUCGGUAGAGAGCUUCUGGUCGAUAUACGCCCACCUGAAAAGGCCCUCGCUCCUUCCCGCCGUCUCCGAUUAUCACAUUUUCAAGAAGGGCAUCCGUCCCGUGUGGGAGGAUGAAGCCAACAAGAAGGGUGGAAAAUGGGUGGUUCGGUUGAAGAAGGGCGUGGCUGAUCGGUACUGGGAGGAUCUCCUUCUGGCCAUGAUCGGUGACCAAUUCGCAGAGGCUGGCGACGAGGUUUGCGGCGCUGUUCUCAGCGUACGGAGCGGAGAGGAUGUCUUGGCUGUCUGGACCCGGAUCGAUGGUGGGCGAAACAUUAAGAUCAGGGAAACGAUCAAACGUUUGUUAGGCUUCCCCCUUGACACCAACAUCCAAUGGAAGAGCCACGACGACAGCAUCGCUCAACGCUCGGCCAUUGACCAGGCUCGCCAGGAGAAGAACUCUGGAAAUCCUGGUCACCACCACCACCAUCACCACCACCACCACCACCACAACAACAACAACCAUAAUAACCAGCAUCAUUCGGGAGGCGACCGACGAAGACAUACGGGCAGUGAAGAAUCUACGGGAGAUAAGGGAAAGGGAGCGGCGUCUUGA